UAAAAAAAAAUUGAAAGAAUAUAUUCUCAUUGUUCCUUUCUCUACAUGACUAAUAUAUGUAUAUAUCCCAUAGCUACCUGAAGAGCUUAUUAUUGAGAAAAGGGAGGGAUGGGAAAUAGAAAGGAUACAGUAGAAGAGAAAGACAAAGCUUUGGCUCUAUUUGAAACCAAAGAAGCAAAGGGGAAGCUUGCUUUGAGGCUAUUUUCAUCCUCAAUAUUCGUUGGCAUAUGCUUGAUAUGGGUGUAUAGGUUAACAAACAUUCCAAGAGUAGGAGAGAGAGGAAGAUGGAUUUGGAUUGGUAUGUUAAUGGCCGAACUUGGGUUUGGUUUCUACUGGAUCCUCACUCAAGCUGUUCGUUGGAACGUUGUUCAUUACUAUCCUCUCAAACAAAGGCUCUCUCAAAGUUAUGACGACAAGUUACCAGGGGUCGACAUUUUUAUUUGCACGGCUGAUCCGACGCUGGAGCCACCAACUAUGGUGAUUAACACCAUUUUAUCAGUCAUGUCCUUGAAUUAUCCUACUGAAAAAUUAAGUGUCUAUCUUUCUGAUGACGGUGGAUCACAACUUGCCUUCUAUGCUCUCUUGGAGGCCUCUCGUUUUUCUAAGCACUGGAUACCAUUUUGCAAGAAAUUCAAUGUUGAACCGAGGGCCCCUGAGGCUUACUUUACUCGGAAUUUUGAUGCGCAUGACACUGCAAUUGAUGCUCAAGAAUGGCUAUCCAUCAAGAAACAAUAUGAAGAUAUGAAGAAACGAAUUGAAGCAGUCACCAAUAAAGGCAGUGUUCCUGAAGAACUAAAGAAUCAACACAAAGGAUUUUGUGAGUGGAAUUCUAAUGUAACUAAGCAGAAUCAUCAGCCCAUUGUGCAGAUUGUCAUUGAUGGAAGAGACAGAAGUGCUGUAGAUAGUGAUGGAUGUAGGUUGCCAACGCUAGUUUACAUGGCACGAGAGAAGAGACCGGAUUGUCCUCAUCACUUCAAAGCAGGAGCCAUGAAUGCACUGAUAAGAGUGUCAUCAGAGAUAAGCAAUGGAGAAAUCAUCCUGAAUCUGGACUGUGACAUGUAUGCAAAUAAUGCAGACUCAAUAAGAGAGGACCUUUGCUUCUUCAUGGAUGAAAAAAGAGGCCAUCAGAUUGCUUUUGUGCAGCUUCCACAGAAAUUCAAUAAUAUUACCAAGAAUGAUCUUUAUGGAAAUUUUUCCACAGUACUUAAUAAGGUUGAACUUGCUGGAGUAGGUGGUUUUGGUGCAGCCUUGUACUGUGGCACCGGCUGCUUUCAUCGACGAGUGAGUCUUUGUGGAAGCAAGUAUUCCGAUGAAUCUAAAGGAUUGUUGAAUUUGGAAACUAGAAAGAGUGAUGAAAGAACAGUUGUUGAAUUGGAAGAAGCAUCAAAAGUUCUUGCUAGUUGUGGCUAUGAGAAAGGAACUCAAUGGGGAAAAGACAUGGGAUUAAUAUAUGGGUGUCCAGUGGAAGACAUUGUUACUGGCUUGACAAUCCAUUGCAGGGGAUGGAAAUCAGUUUUUUACAAUCCUGAUAACACAGCUUUCCUGGGUGUUGCUCCACCCACUUUAGACAUAGCUCUUGUUCAGUUCACAAGGUGGUCUGAUGGAAUGUUCCAAACUUUCUUAUCCAAAUAUUGUCCCUUCAUAUACGGAUAUAAGAAGAUAAAAUUGGGUGCUCAGAUGGGAUAUUCUGUUUAUCUGUUAUGGGCUCCAAUUUCCCUGCCUAACCUGUAUUAUGCAAUUGUUCUUCCCCUUUCCUUGCUCCAAGGCAUUCCAUUAUUCCCACAGGUUUCAAGCAGAUGGUUUAUACCCUUUGCAUAUGUCUUUCUAUCUAAGAACAUUUACAGCAUAGCUGAGGCUUUAAUUUGUGGAAGCACAUUGAAAACUUGGUGGAACCUGCAAAGGAUGUUGAUGAUUCGGAGGACAACUUCCUUCUUCUUUGCCUUCAUCGAUUGCAUUGUGAGGCAAUUGGGAUUAUCUCAAUCAACAUUUACCCUAACCGCCAAGGUGGUCGAUGAGGAUGUGUCAAAGAGGUAUCAGCAAGAGAUCAUGGAUUUCGGGAGCACCUCCAUUAUGUUCACUGUUAUAGCAACAUUGGCAAUGCUGAACCUUGUCAGUUUAGUUGGAGUAGUUAAGAUGUUUUUCUGGGGUCUAGACUACAAGGAUAUAGAAAAGUUGAUCUCUCAGGUUAUCCUUUGUGGGCUUAUAGUUCUGGUUAAUGCACCAGUGUAUGAAGCACUCUUCUUUCGCAAGGAUAAGGGCAGCAUGCCGGGUAAUUUGCUGAUGAAUAUUGGAUUCCUUGAAUUUGUUGCUGUCAUAUUGCUGGCAUUCUUAUGUAAUCCGAGUGCUGUGUUGGGGAUUAGAUUCGUGAUCGAUAGAGAAGAAUGCUUCUCACAUAAUGUUAAGUAUGAUGGGGGUACAAUUCAUGUGUCGUUUGUUGUCAUUAAGGCCUAUUCAACUUGGCAUUCUAGUCAUGAGGGUGUUGAUCUUGUCGUGAAGGGACCUUCGGGUGAUCAGAUUCAAGAUUAUCGGGAUAAGAUAAGUGAGAAAUUUGAGUUUGUUGCUCAUCAAAAAGGAGUCCAUCGUUUCUGUUUCAGCAAUAAAUCUCAUUAUUAUGAAACGGUUGACUUUGAUGUACAUGAAAGUUACUUUACAUACUAUGAUCAGCAUGCAAAAGAUGAGCAUUUCAACCCUUUUUUAGAACAAAUAUCUAAGUUAGAGGAAGCUCUUUAUAACAUUCAGUUCGAACAGCACUGGUUAGAAGCUCAGACAGAACGACAGGCAAUAGUGAACGAAGCUAUGAGUAAAAGAGCAGUUCACAAGGCCUUUUAUGAAUCUGCAGCACUAAUUGGAGCCAGUGUUCUGCAAGUUUACCUGCUCUGGCGCCUUUUUGAACGGAAGCUUGGAAUGUCCCGGGUUUAGUUUUUAGCACUGUGAUGCAAUGUUUUAUUAGCUAUAGGAUCAUGCAGACUAUUGUCAUUUCAGGCACUGGAUAUAAAUGUAUAAAUCCAAGAUUUCGGUAACGUUUUUUGUUAUGGUUGAGCCUUCAGAUUUUCCAUGGUUGAGUGAUAUAAAGGAUGAUUUGUCUUAAAUUGUUUGUGGUUUUCAUGGAUGAGUGAUGUUCAUCAGCCAUAAUCUGCAAACAUUCUUCUUGGCUGGAAUUGUCAUUCAUGCAAAGGGGAAAUGUUUAUUUUCGAACUACUCAAAAUGGUUCAUCUACCAACAGCAAUAUUAGAAGCCUAUAAUGGUGGGAUUUUCAUGACCAUAUAACAUGUUCAGCUGCCUGCAAGUUAUUUACUGCCACUGAAAUAUUCUUAAGGACGGCAUCCCAUGAUGCAAAACAGAGUUCCACUGUUGUUUCCAAUGAAAAAAAAGAAGAAAAAAGUGACAUAAGAAGAGAAAAAGAAAGAGAACCUUUUGACAAACAGGCCAAUCA